UGCUGUACCUAUAACUUCGCUAAUAAUUGGGUGUAGAAAAAUAAGUAAACUAAGAAAGUAGUUAUAUUUUAUUUUUCAUAUAUGCAAAAAAUUGUAUAAAUUCAUUUAAAAAAAAGUAAAUAUGUGUUUAAAAUAAAUCAAAUGAAAAUAAAAUAACCAGUUUCAAAGCACAAAACUGACUUAAACCGGUUAUAAAAGAGGAAAUAAAUAGUAUUUAAUUUUUUUUCCAGCUAAAAGUUUAGAUAUCGAGUUAAAAAAUAAGUACAUAUGUAUACGUUUGUGUAUUUAAAUAUUUAAAGUUCCAUAUAAAAUAUAAAUUUACUAUUCCAACCUAAGAAUCUGCCUGUUUACCAUUCCGCGAACAAAUGUGUAGCCUACAUCUAGGCGUUCAAGUAGAAUAUGCCUUUAAAGUGUUGAUACAAUUUGGCUACUUUACUUUGUAACAGUUGGCGCGCUUACGUAUGCGCGCUUAUGUUUAAAUGUGUGUGCGAAUACAUUAAAACUUUAUUAGUAAAACAUUGGAUGUGAAAUUUUAUAUAUAUAUAUAUAUAUAUUGAGCGUGUUGUUCAAGACACUUUCAGGUGAUGUGCAAAACUAACAAAAUACAUUUUAUUCCUCACGAUAAAUCCAGUUUCACCAUCAUCUCAAUCAAGAAAAAAAGAAAAUAAAAGCGCAAAGUGCAUAGAAGUAAGAAGUACAUUCAUAUUUUCGCUUGUUUAACGUAGAAACGUGCAUAAAUUUAUUGUUUGUGGAAGAAGCGAAUUUUUUGGUGAAAACAAAAUUGUAACCAUCAAUUUCAAGAGCGAUAUAUAACAGCGACAAGAUAUUAUGUUAAUGAAUUAAAUGGAUUUUUAAGAGUGAAGUGUUUGAUGAGUUCGAAUUAUCUGAUGCGAAAAUUACUGAAUGUAACAUAAGAAACAUAAAUCAUAGUUUUAAGAUAUAUACCAAAGCUCGUUCACUAGUGCUGUGUGCCGAAUCACGAAACGAAAUGGAAGAGUGGAUUUCCUCACUUAGGACCGCCUCAAUACCGGCGCGUGAGCGCGGUGAUAGUUUUUUCAUAGAACAACAUGACCUAUUCUCGAAUAAUCAUCACUGGUAUGCAACUUCGCAUGCGCGACCUACUUUCUGCAAUGUUUGCCGCGAUGUGCUGACUGGUGUCACCUCGCAAGGACUCUCGUGUGAGGUGUGCAAAUGUAAAGUACAUAAACGUUGCGCACCCAAAGCGAUUGCAAAUUGUAAAUGGACUACAUUGGCUACCGUUGGUAAGGAUAUUAUUGAGGAUCGUGAUGGCAGUAUCAUUAUGCCACAUCAGUGGAUGGAGGGUAAUUUGCCGGUGGCAUCGACGUGCGCUGUUUGCAAGAAAAAUUGCGGUUCGGUUUUGCGUUUGCAAGAUUGGCGUUGUUUGUGGUGUCGCGAGACAGUACAUAUUGCCUGUCGGCCACACAUUGCCGUCGCAUGCCUCAUGGGACCGGCUAAGUUAUCAGUUGUGCCACCAACUUGUGUACAUUCGAUUGGUAACGAUGACUCUUGGGAUGUGGUGAGUCCGAGGGGUAACUUUUCGCCGCUCUUAGUUUUCGUCAAUUCAAAGUCGGGUGACAAUCAGGGUGUCAAAUUUUUACGACGCUUCAAACAGUUAUUGAAUCCAGCACAAGUUUUUGAUCUCAUAUCUACUGGCCCCGGACUGGGUUUGCGUUUAUUCAGACAUUUUGAAAUGUUUCGAAUAUUAGUGUGCUCCGGUGAUGGCUCCAUAGGUUGGGUGCUCAGCGAAAUUGAUCGAUUUAAUAUGCAUAAACAAUGUCAAGUAGGAGUUCUCCCGCUUGGUACUGGCAACGAUUUGGCCCGCGUCUUAGGCUGGGGCUCGUCCUGUGAUGACGAUGCACACCUGCCGCAAGUACUAGAACGUUAUGAGUCUGCUAGCACUAAGAUGUUGGACCGUUGGAGCGUAAUGGUUUUUGAAAAGGCAGUCGCUCUACACCCGAAGACGCCAAAAAUGUCACUGUCAAGUGCACAAGAGGCAUUGCUCACCGGUAUGGUGGAUACGGCAAAUGUGAAUUUGGUAAAUAUUGUCGAGACGGAUGACUCGCAGACACUUUUAACUGCCACCAAAACACUUUGCGAAACAAUCGACGAACUUAUGGUACAAAUCUGUGAAAGCCGUAAGGAGGAUGAACAAUUGUCGAUUAAAUGUGACAUUUUACGUGAGAAAUUGAAUAUGCUGUUGGAGGCGUUACGCGAAGAGGAGUGCGGCGCACACUCGGGUGAUGAUAUGUUAGCGACAAUCAAUAGUAUUAUUUCAAGAAGUGCAGCUGCCUCGCCCACUUGCUCAACCACGCCCUCGACCUCAGCUUCGCUGCUUAAUCCAAACAUAUCAAUUCAGAAGGAUGAAAAGGACCAACUCAACAAUAAUGAACGACGCAAUAGUCGUUCGCUGCACUCUGCUGAACGUGAGUCUCUGCAGUGCCGUGCCAACAGUGUUAAGCGCGCCAUGUACAAAGUGGUUGAGCACACGGAGCCGGGUAGGCCUAAGCGCUAUCAACGGAAACUAUCCAUAACGCCGUUUGAAGCAUUGAAAAUACCAACCAACGCCUCAAGCGAAUCUACACCAUGCUCCUCUCCCUUGCCCACCAUACCGCCAAUCAAUAUAAUAUCGCCAACUAUGGAAACCUCACGCUUGACAAACAUAUCGCCAUUACCCGAUACACGUCGUGAUUCCGUUGACGAAAAUUUCUUCAACUCCAUUAGUAUUCCGGUGCCGCGACAAUUUGCCGAUAGCCGUCGCAGUUCGGGCGUGCCCGAAGUAAUACAAGAAAUAGAAGAAAAUGGUCCGGGUGGUAAUAGAGAAAUUGUUUGUCGAGUUGGUAGGAUGUCACUCAGUGGUGGCGCUAAUAUCGAUGAGUUCGACACUCGUUUACCUUUAGUAGGCGACAAUGGCAACACUGUAGCGGCGGCUGAACGCAAAAUAGAUUUUCUCAGUGUGCCGAUAAUAACAAAUGAACAAAUUGUCGAUCCUCUGGCUGAUUUUCGACCAAUAGAAGUAUUCGAGCGUAAUUACUAUAUGAGUCGAGAGCUGGAUUUGGAAAAGAAGCGUAGGGAGCAUCUUGAUGUUGAAGACGAGAAUUUAAAUGGCGACGUCAAAGAUACCGAACCAAUGCAAGAAAGGACUAAAGAACUGCGUUUUGACGAUGUGGCUUGCCAGUUGCAGGUACCCAACGUAGAAAUAUCCCCUAAAGCCCCAAAUGUUUACUCAAGCGAAACCAUAACAAUCAUUGACACAGACGUUCCCCCUGAGCCUUCAUCAUCAGAUGAAUUAGUUGGUGGCGAAGCGAGCGAUGUGCUAUCGGCUAUUGGCGAUGAAGAAUGCAGUGUUGCAUCGGAAAUUUUCGACAAACAACUGGAAGCACUGGAGCCCGAGCGCCCGUUGCAAUUAGGGGAUAUAAUCCAGAAUUUGGAUGCGAACAAUUUUACGCACAUCGAUUCACCCGAAACAAGUGAUGAAACCGAAGGCGUACCGGGCGAGUCUUUCAUGGAUGACAUUAGCUCUGUGUUGGGCCACGACAUUGCAUGUGCACUGCAGGACAACACCAUUACCGAGGAUACAAACACACUUUGCUCAGACAACCAGCCAGCACCUCUAAAAUCCAUACGCAAGAAAUCACUCACCAUGGGCGGACAGCGCAGUGCCCGGCGCAAUUCAUCGCCACCGCACAAGGCACAGUUGGCGCGCAUGGAUAGCGAUGAGAAUCCACAGCAGUUUGGCUUCGAGAAUAUCGUUUUCGAAAUCGAUAAUCGUUGUGAUGAUCAGAAGAUGCGUGAACCGCCAAAGUUCUGCAGUCUGGCACACUUCGUCGAGGGUAAUGAUAUAGCGCGACAGAGCUUCAAGCGACCUAAAAAGCGCACCUCCCUUCGCAAACCCAAAUCCUCUAUACUUAUCUCACAACAACAACUUUCAAUUGAUGCCUCCACCACAACAAUGACAACAACAACAACGGCCGCAUACCCAAACGGCGAACAGAGCGAGGACGACCAGCACACCACCAAAAUGGCCAUAAAGAUUGAGGUAUGCGAUGUUGAGGCAUACGCACAAAUGGAUAACCCCCACCAGCUACAGCCCCACUACCACCACCAACAACAACAACAACAGUCAACGCCAACAUCCUUUACCAAUACACCACAGCAGACCCUAUCGACAAUGACCAACACUUUGAAUACCCAUGAGUCAACAGCAAUAUCAGCAACAACAACAACCAAUACAGCAACGCUUGGCUCAGCAUUGAGCACAUCGCCGAAAAAAUCGGGACACGGACAAGAUGUAAAGCGCAUUACUUUUGAUGAGUCGUGUAAGAAAGAAUCCUUUGAUGAUGUAAAUCCAAACUAUCCGCAGAUAAGUGUAGUUGUGCGCCCACCAACACCAUUACGUGGAGAUGCUAUCAAACCGGUGAAUGCAGACUCAGCAGGAAGUCUUUUGUCGGUCCGCAUGCUGCCGAUGGAGUUAAGGCGUCAUUCGAGUCAUGCAACGACCAGUCUGUCGGUGCGCGAACAUGCGGAGAAGGAUCGCCGCCAUUCCAACUACAAUCCGAAUCUGUUGAGUUUGGAUCCAGAGCAUGCGAAAUUCUUAAGCUCCUCACCGGCAGCCAGUAGACGCAUCAGCUGUGGCAGCCUAUUCAAGCCAAAUGAGGCUCUACCAAAUCUACAAACCCUCAAAGGCUCAAAGUCUAGCCUCUUCGCAGGCUCAACAUUGUUUGGCUUUGAUCAUCUUGGCGGUGGUGGCGGCAGCAGCGGUAGUGGUGGAGGUGCAAGCGGCGACCGAGAUCGUGAGGAUAAGGGUAAAAAGGAUGAGGAUGGAUCGAAGAAAUUGCCGAUUAUAAAUCCACUUGUACGCCUACCUAAUUGGCCAACAUUGGCAAACAGCACAGGCUUCAUUUCAAAAUGUUUACUAGCAAAUGCAGAUACGCUAUGCGCCGCUGUUAGUCCACUUAUGGACCCGGAUGAAACCUUGUUGGCAGGUUAUCAUGAGAAAUGCGUCAUGAACAAUUACUUUGGUAUCGGUAUUGAUGCCAAGAUCUCGCUAGAUUUUCAUAACAAACGUGAAGAGCAUCCAGAGAAGUGCCGUUCGCGUGCCAAAAAUUACAUGUGGUAUGGUGUGCUGGGCUCGAAACAGUUGUUACAGAAGACCUGCAAAAACUUGGAGCAACGCGUGCAGCUUGAGUGUGAUGGCCAACGCAUACCACUACCUUCCCUUCAGGGUAUUGUAAUUUUGAAUAUACCGAGCUUCAUGGGCGGCACUAAUUUCUGGGGAUCUACAAAGAAAGAUGAUAUAUUUUUGCCACCCAGUUUUGACGAUCGUGUGCUCGAGGUAGUCGCCGUCUUUGGUUCAGUACAAAUGGCCGCCUCUCGUCUCAUCAAUAUCCAGCAUCAUCGCAUCGCACAAUGCCAGAGUGUGCAAAUAAAUAUAUUGGGUGAUGAGGAGAUACCCAUACAAGUGGAUGGUGAAGCUUGGCUACAACCACCCGGCAUGAUACGUAUUCUACACAAGAAUCGCGUACAAAUGCUUUGUCGCAAUCGUAGUUUGGAAAUGUCCUUCAAGACUUGGCAAGAAAAACAACGUCAACACAGCAUAUCCAUACAACGCGAACAAUCAUCGACUGCCUCAGAGCAUGCCCUGGCCACCGAUGAGGUGCUAUCCGAACGUGAAUGUUAUGUGCUCUUGAACUUCAUUGAAGCCGUCAGUUCAUUGGUGAAAUGGGUUAAAUUCUUAAUUAUCUCACAUCCAUCAUUACAACAUGAUCUAUACGUUGUUGCUUGUCGGGCCGCAGAAGUUCUGGAGUCUAUACAUCCCGAUGGUAAAUUACUGGAAGGUCCAACAUUGCGCACAAAACUAGUUGAGGUUAUUGAAUCUGCACGCCAACUGUAUGAUGAUGCUUGUAAUUUGUUGCGCGAUCGUGCGCACAGCUUGAUAUUGCGUGAGGAUUUGGAGUCAAAAUUGAGUGCGGCUUUGGCCAAUAUAGAGAUGGAGUUGAAGAAAUGUUCGGUGCAAAAAAAUGCCGAUGGAAAGUUACGUGCGUACUUCAAUACUGUGGCACCGAACGAGGAGGGUGAUGGACGACGCAAAUCUCGACAUUUCUGGGUACGUCUACGUUCUGGCUCAACAGUUGGACAGGCACAAUCGAAGCCACCGUUGACUACAACACGUGAAGCUGCCAACAAUUGGAGUGUUGAUGAGGUGGUCACAUGGCUAGAGACAAUGCAGCUUUCGGAGUAUGUAGAGAGCUUCAUGAAGAAUGAUAUACGCGGUAAAGAGUUACUAACACUCGGUAGGAGAGAUCUUAAGGAUUUGGGCGUUGUUAAAGUGGGACAUGUUAAGCGAAUAUUGCAAGCAAUCAAAGAUAUGAAUGAUAAUUGAACAGUUGAAGUUGAUGAGUUGAAGAGAGAUAAAUUGAAAUUUAUUUGAGGCAUGUAUGCAGGUAUGCGUAUGUAUUAGUUAGUGAAGUAGGUGUGUAUGUAGUUGAUAUUGAGCAGGAAAUAUUGUUAAGAUAGAUGGUAACGUGAGUAGUUUUGAUAGAAAGCCAAAAAAAAAAAAAUAGUAGUUACGUAUAGCAAUUUGAAAUGUUAACGUUAACAAUAGCGUAAUGUAGAGCAGGAAAAUACGUUAAUGUGAAGAGAAAAGUAAAAAAUAAAAAUAAACACGACAAAUAUGCAUAAAACAAUCAUAUAGUUAAGCUCAAAUAGAAUAGCACAACAAACACAAUGUGAAUGUUGGAAACUAAUAACAGUUGCGCUUGGAAUUUAAUAUUAUUGAAGUGCUUGCGCUGUUUUCAAGCAAAUGCCGGCAUAAGCACCAAAUGAAACGGGUAUGAAACCACAGUAAGCAGUUAAGAAAACAUUUAAAUAUAAAAUAAUUUAAAUAAAAUAAAUUCCAGCAGUGCAAAUAAAAAAAACGAAAUAAUUUAAUGCAUUUUCAAGCAAAAACAAAUUUACAAAAAAUAAAAGAAAAACGAUUUUAGCCAACAGUUUGUGUAAAUGUCUGAUGUAUUUGCACAAUAUUAAUUUACGAAAAAA